AUGUCCGCUCCCAGCUCGCCAGUAUCAGACUCCCAGUACAAAGACGCUGAGAAAUGGAUAGAAGAUUUCUACCACUUAAUGGGUACACUUGACCUUCCCAAGUUCACGUCAACAUACCUGAAGGAAGACGUCCUUUUCCACUUCACCAAUCUCCCACCAAUGAAGGGCCGAGAAUCCCUCUUCUCUGUAUUUGGACUAUUAAGCGGAGUCUGUACAAGUAUAACCCACAAGGUGACUGACUUGAAAGUCCUUUCUGAUCGCAUUAUGGCUGCCAGUACUGUCGACUACGCCUUCAUUAAUGGCGAAAAGUGCAGCAUGAAUGCUUUUGCCAUACUCCAUAAAACGCCCGAGGAGGAGCAAGCGAGUCAAUACUUUAUCUAUGGUGACUUUACUCCUUGUUAUCAAAUACUCGGAAACUUGAAAGCGGUCGCAGAGGCCCAAGAAAGUGAAUGA